CUCUCCCGCUGACUCGUCGCCGGCGCGGGCUGAUGACGCGGGAGAUUGAAGCGGGAGCGCGGUGGGAACCAUGUCGGCUCUGCCUCUGCAGCAGCCCAGUUACCUGUUGGCACUUCUUAAAGCAGAUAUUGUGAGCAAGACUCUAAUUCAGAGAUGCUUGGACUUAUCCAAGGUGAUAGAAGACUACUCUGCCAAGGAGCUUCAUUUUGUUUUCCCAUGGCUAAUGGAGACGGUCUUCGGGACUCAUGAUGGGCCUGCUGUGGGUUGGAACUUGCGAUAUUUGCAGGGCCGAAACAAUCCAACUGAUUAUACAGCUGUGGUGGAGUUCUUGGAUCCCAGUGGCCCAAUGAUGAAGUUGGUUUAUAAACUGCAGGCUGAAGAUUACAAGUACGAAUUCCCCAUCUCGUAUCUUCCUGGUCCUGUGAAGGCAUCGCUCCAGGAAGGUGUCCUGCCAGAUUUCCCACUCUAUCACAACAAGCUCCAGUUUCCCCUCUCUGGGGUGACCAGCCUCAGCCUCUCACUCAAUCCCUUUGAAUACUAUUUCUUCAAUUUGGCGAUGCACCUUACAGCACCACGGAGUUGCCCACUGGGACACCUCUUCAGCACCUCAGAUAGUGCCUAUUUUGUGGUGGUUGAUCGGUAUCUGCAAUACUUCCUUCCAGUAGAAGGGAACGUGCCACCUUCACCUUUCAUAAAUGCCUGUGGCACUGUCUCUCCUCCAACACCAAGAGUACAGAAUGUCCCCUUUACCUCCUACGGCGGGCCCCACACCAGCCUACUGAAGCGGCACAUAUCCCACCAACCCUCAGCAACAACAGACCCAGCUGCACAGGAAAUAUGGAGAUCGGAAACAUUGCUUCAGAUCUUUAUUGAAAUGUGGCUUCACCAUUAUUCUUUGGAGCUGUAUCAAAAAAUGCAGUCUCCCCACAUCAAGUUGGAGGUGCUACAGUACCGCCUGGGUAUCUGCAGUACUCAGUACAGCACAGCGUCUCCACUGCCUGGCCACGGCACCUUCCACACCUACCAAGAACAUUUCACUCCUACAGAGGAGCACGUGCUCAUGGUGAGGCUGCUGAUCAAACAUCUCCACUGGUUCGCCAAUAGCAUCAAACAGGAGCAGGUGGCUCCCUCGGCUCAUUCUCACACAGGCAGCCCAUUGGAGGAUUUCAAGAGGGCAGUGAUUUCGUGCUUCUUUCAGCAAAAUCUCUACGUGUUCUUGCAGCAGUGCUUCACUCACUGGCCAUUGGAUGCUUCCUUCAGAGCUGUUUUGGAAACUUGGCUCAGCUACCUGCAGCCGUGGAGGUACGCAGCAGAAAAACCGCUCGGCUUGAUGGAGACCGCCGAUCGCAGUGUGCCCGACAAAUGGGCCACUUUUGUACAGGACAAUUUGCUGAUGUUUACAAAGCUCUUCCAAAGCUUUCUGAAUCGAGCUUUGCGCACUGAUCUUGUCAGCCCCAAGAACGCAUUGAUGGUGUAUCGAGUGGCCAAGGUUUAUAGCCAGCCGAACCUUGCCGAGUUAAUCAAGGAAGCUGAGCGCCGGUUCCUGGAGCCCGACCCCAUGCACCAUCCACGGCAGCACCGAGUGUACGCAUCCCCAGUCUUCGGCAGCAGCUUCAUGUCCACGUGGCAUUCCCCAGCAGUGGACACCACCUUCCGCGUGAAGAGCCACGUCUACAACCUGGAGGGCCAGGACUGUGUGUACAAGCAGAUGUUUGGUCCUGAAGUCAGGGGCAUGGUGAUGAAACUGGCCCAGUUAAUAGCACAGGCCAAGCAGACGGCGAAAUCCAUCUCUGACCACACUGCCGAGCAGUACACUGGCCACACACUCAUGUCUCUACUGGGCCUUUCCACCUACGAUUUCAAUGUCUCUGCUUAUGGAGGCAAUGACUUGGAUGACCUGGGUCCUGACGGGAUCCGAAAAACCGAUGAAUAUUUGGAAAGGUCGCUGGAAUACUUGUGUCAGACGUUCAAGCUCAGUACCCCUCACCUGGCGCCCCUGGCAGCGAACGUGGGAGCUACUAGUGACGAGAACGGGCGGCACCAGCUGCCCGACUGCAUUCAGGGAGACAGUGGGCUGACCCUGACCCCGCUUGGCCGCUAUCAGAUUAUAAACGGGCUGCGGAGGUUUAAUGUGGAGUACCAGGGGGACCCGGAGCUCCAGCCGAUUCGUAGCUACGAGAGCAGCGUGCUGGUGCGUCUGCUCUACCGCUUGUCAUCGGCCAUCAACCUGCGGUUUGCUGAUGAAAUGGUGACCAUGUGCCAGGAUGAGGGCAUGAUGGGGAAACUGGCCCGCUACUACCUGACCAGCCCGGAGCAGAAUGACCGGGUGCAGCACAGCCCCGUGCCCCACUGCGGUCUCCAGCAACCCGCACCCCGGCACUCGCGGCUCAGCCUGCGCUUCCUGGCCAGCUACCGCCUGCACUUCUCUCUCUUCCUCUGCCUGGUGAUCGGGAGCACGCUCAGUCUGAACCCCCUGACGUCGUUCGUCCUGACCCUGACUUUGUGGUUUCUCUACGGCGUCGUGUGGGCUCUCUGCUCCGAUUUUACAAAGCCCCACCAGGCCUGAGCAUGGCGGGUGUCGGCACAACCUCGCCAAGGGACUGGAGCUUCGUUUUGGAUCAAAGCCAAGGGUUUGUUUUUUUAAUGAUUUCUGAACAGUUCUUGCUGUUGCCGUUGUACAUGUGCAGAGAACAAAUUAUUUUUACAAUGGUGUCAUUCCUUUGUGACAAUGUUCUAAUUUCAAUAUUCGAUGCAAUAUAAUUUGUGGUAAAGUUUUGUCCCACGAACUUCAUUUGAGGAAGUUUGGGGAUUGUUGUGUGUGAGCGGUUGCCUGUGUUAGAUCUCCUCUCCGUCCACAAGUUUGUUUUUAAGCUGCGUGUUUUGUCUCCGCGCUCCGAUGGACCCCGUCACUCCCGCUGCCUCCACCCCUGAUGGCUCGGUGUCGACUCUGGGUUAGUCCUAACCCCGCUACUGAGCACAGCUCAUGUAGGGCCAGCACUCAUCCAGUCGUCUGAACUCAUUCCGUGUGGACAUCACCACAAACUGAUCGUUGAGAAGCCUGUGGUAAAAUGGUGCCUCCUCCUCCGGGUGGAUUCUGUCAUCUUUCCUAACUGCUAACUGCGGCCAGGUGCUCAAAGAUAUGGGAUAGUGGGUUGGAACAGGGAGGAGGAGGAAUGAGAGUGGGGCGUGUAAAUCCAUAUUGUCCUGUUUCUUUGCAACAUUGGAGAACGUUCGGCCCAUCAAGUCUGUGCCAGGCUAUGGAAGAAUCCCCCAUCUCUCCCGUCCUUGUUUUCUCUGCAUCAGCUGCCCAUCACCUCCACACCAGGGCUAAUUCACCGCUCGGCCCCUCUCUGCAAUGUGGGACAAAGCAUGAAACCCACAAGAAUACCACAUGGGCAGCACCGAAGGUCAGGAUGGAACUGCGAGUUGGCAGCAGUGCUGACCACUGUGCCAUCCGGGACUGGCAUUGAUAAAUGAAUAAUGCCAGUGACAGUGUAUGCAAUGUUUCCAAGCCCCAGAUCAAGCAGGAAACAAGCACUAACACACCAGUUGAAAUGGCCAGAUAAACGGUUCCAGUAAAUGGGACGUGCUGUCUGCCACUACACGCCAGCUGCAGCCUUUCACACCAUGGCAUAUGCUCUACAUUCUCUCCUCUAACAUUGUGACUUAGUAACAGUGCAAACUCCAGCACCUACAGCCAGAUCCAAUGCUGUACUCCUCCACUGAACCUGGGGGAUUUGCUUUUCUCUCUUGCAUCGUGACCCCUUGGUCCAAACACCCCUCCCCGUCCCCUGUGGACAUCCUGUUCACGGUGCAACACUUGCCCCUACACCUCACUCACCUCCAUCCAGGGAUGUAAACAGCCCUUCCAGGUGAGGCAGAGAUUCACCUCUGCUACCCUUGUCGACUGCAUUCCAUGCUCCCGAUGGCUCCUGGCGAAGGCAGACGAGGUGACCAUUUUGCAGAGCACCUGCCCAUCAGGACUUCCCAUUUGCAGGUUGUUUCAAUUCCCAUUUCCAUACUGACCUGGGGUAAGGAGACCUGUGGUUGAGCAGGUGGAUGGAACCAGGGGGAAAGGGGGUCUGUUUUCUUCACUGCCAGAACGAUAGAAAAUAGGUGCAGGAGGAGGCCAUUUGGCCCUUCGAGCCUGCACCACCAUUCAUUGUGAUCGUGGCUGAUCAUCCGCAAUCUGUAACUCGUGCCUGCCUUCUCCCCAUAUCCCUUGAUUCCGCUAGACCCUAGAGCUCUAUCUAACUCUCUUUUAAAUUCAUCCAGUGAAUUAGCCUCCACUGCCUUGUGACAGAGAAUCCCACAAAUUCACAACUCUGGGUGAAAACGUUUUUUCUCAUCUCAGUUUUAAAUGGCCUCCCAAUGUGUCCCCUGGUUCUGGACUCCCCCAACAUUGGGAACAUAUUUCCUACAUCUAACCUGUCCAGUCCUUUUAUAAUUUUAUAUGUUUCUAUAAGAUUCCCUCUCAUCCUUCUAAAUUCCAAUGAAUACAAGCCCAGUCUUCCCAAUCUUUCCUCAUUUGACAGUCCCGCCAACCUCGUGAACCAACGCUGCACUGCCUCGGUAGCAAGGAUGUCCUUCCUCAAAUUAGGAGGCCAAGACUGCACACAAUACUCCAGAUGUGGUCUCACCAGGGCCCUGUACUACGGCAGAAGGAGCAAUACUCAAAUCACUCGUUAUGAAGGCCAACAUGCCAUUAGCUUUCUUCACUGCCUGCUGUACCUGCAUGUUUACUUUCAGUGACUGGUGUACAAGCACACCCAGGUCUCGUUCCACUUCUCUUUUUCCUAAUCUGACACCAGUGAGAUAAUAAUAUGCCUCCUUGUCCUUGCUGCCAAAGUGGAUAACCUCACAUUAUACUGCAUAUAAUGUGGCCCUUUCGACAUUAUCCUGCAUAUAAUGUAGAGACCAAACAUAAACUAGAGGAAGAGCGGCUGAUAUUCCACAUGGGCAGUCAACAACCCGAUGGCAUGAACACCGAGUUUAAUGAUUUCAGGUAACCUGCACCUACUGUGUGUCCCCACUCUCUUCUCUACAUCGACCCAUUACACACCUCACACACACGUUGCCACCCUUUCUCCAUCUGGUUCCAUCUGCCUUUCACAGCUCCUCCAAUGGUUCCCACUAUCACCCCCUACAUCAGAUUCCAGUACUAAAUGCUUAUAUUCCCUCUUAUCAUCAUAAACCAAUGUCAAUAAUGUCCUCCGGCAGCCAUCUCCGCCAUUACCCAACUCCAGCCCUUCCCUAUUUGGCUGCACAUCCAUGUCAUCCGCCAUGAAAAUUGGCGGGAGGGUUUUGACAGUGCAGAGAAGUAUUGGGCUGCAGUGAUAUUGAUGUGGGUGAAGUGGCAGCUGUGGAUUAAUCCAGACAAAUGUGAGGUGUUGCAUUUUAAUGAAGGAAAUGAACCCGUACAACAUUCACAAGUCACUGCCCAGACAAUUGUGCUCUCAUGGAAUUUAUGUGGGAAACAAUGUAAAUAAAUAAAACUAUUUAUUCUUAUUCAAUGCA